CCGCCUCUCAUGGCAGCACGGCUGCUCCGCCGCGCCAAGCUCAGCGGCGGCCGCAGCCUGCCCAGCUCAGCACUGAAUGCCCAGCUCGGCAUUGAAUGACACUCCGGGGCUGUUUUUCGCUCACGUUGAUGCCAGAGUUCCCGGUUUCCCAGCGGGUGCAGACACAGCCCGGCCCUUCCCGGUCUGCGCUGGCGGUCCCUCGGCCCACGAGCGGAACCGGGCAGGGGCAGGACGGAGCUUCACCCCUGUGGGACUGGCCACGAACCGUGCUCCUGGCUGCGGCCCUGCCCUCCCACCGGGCCUGCCCGUGCCGUCGUGGCCGCGGCGCCUGUGGGGAGCGAAAACUUGUCUCCACACACCGGGCACCUCAGCGGUGUCAGCACAGCCAGCACACCUGAAUGUGCUCCUUGUUCCUUCCUGGCACUCCCUCCUACCAGACAGAUUCCUGCAGUCAAAACAUUUCGGGUGCAAAGCAGCUCAGCAGCCUGAGCUGCAGUCCUACUGCACUGACAGAUGUAUCCAAGAAGAACCAAAGAGCUUGGAAGAGUGGCUGAAACUAUGGAGCAGCAAAUCCUCAUUCUGCUUACUCGCUGCUGUCUCUGGACUGGCAGAAGAGCAGGGUACCUCCACUAAAGGAGCUGCUCCCAAAAUUACAGGUUCCUGCUAUUCCAGAUUAGUCACUCCGUGUGCAUGAGUGCAAACUGAACAGCCAGCAGUGAAAACACACACAUUUCCCAGAUGCAAACAGGCAUUUCUGUUUGAGAACCUAGUGGAUGUGGGAGACCAGAACUGAUUCCAUGAUUCACAUCCCCACCAAGGAGGCAAUUGUGUUCCAAAAUGCCCUGUGUACUGUAGAGUACAACCUUCCAUGCAGAAACUCACUUCUCCUUUGCUGUCUAUAGUGUGUGUCAUGGAAAAAAAAUGAGAUUAUAGAAGAACAUCUGAGAUGGUCUCUGGAAGUUGUGUCUCCUGGUAGCAGUUCAUGUUUACAGUAUUUCCCAGUGAAUGGUGGUACCUGCAGUUUCUCCUGCUCCACAGUGACACAAUGCUGGGCAUUUGGUCAACGAACAACUCUUCAGAGUCCUGUUAGAGCAAAAUACUUUGGCAUGUACUUUGUCUGCACUGUGAAACAUUACUUGUUUUGAACACAGAAGUUAUACUUUGUCAUUGUGAGAAACUGUUCUAAAAAAACCUGAAUACGUACCUUGGGUGUUGGGGGCGUGGGUUUUCCUUCCUUUUUCUUCUACAAAAAUAUGGAUCUUUGCAUCUGUAUGAUAUAUUCCCAAGAUGUGUGUACAACUCAUUUCUUUGAUGUGUGGGUAUCUCUAAGUUCCUCAGGUGAAAG